AUGACGUAUCGAGAUAUUAGUCAUCUAUGUGAGAUGGCUCGAGUUCUUUCUUAUCCACGUUUAAUUUCAAUGGAAAAUUUUCGUCAACCAAAUUUUCGUCUUGUUGCAGAAAUAAUGACAUGGCUCGUUAAACAAUACGAUCCAUUAACUGAUGUUCCAAAUGACAUUGAAAGUGAACAAGAACGUGUUAUAUUUAUACGUACUAUAACACAAAUAAUUGCUACAAAAGCACAUUUAAAAUUAAAUACAAAAAAACUUUAUCAAGCUGAUGUUUAUGCUGUAAAAGAAAUUCUUAAAGUGAUAACACCACUUUAUAAAGCAUUACGUGAUAGUGAAAAUAGAGAAUUAGAAGAUGAAGAUGAUGUUGAUCAACAAUAUCGCUAUGCAAUGAAUGAUGAUAUUGGUAUACUUAAAAGUGCACGUCAACUUUGUUCGACUAUAACACAAAAAGGUGCUAAUUUACAUGAAUUGCUUGGCAAAGAACUUGAUGCACGAGAAGCUCGUCAAGAUGUUAUGAAUCGAGGUAUGGAAUUAUCUGAAGUUCAUGAAGGAAUACGUGAUGCGGAAACUGCUGCUAAACGUGAAUUAUCAAAAUUUACGAAAUUAAUCGAAAAUGUUCAAACAGAUGAAGUUGCACUUGAUGAAAAAAUAGCAAAGCGUGUAGAAGAAAAAGAUCGUCAUCAACGACGACUUGAUAUGUUAAAAAGUGUUCGACCAUCGUUUAUGAAUGAUUUUGAAAAAUUUGAAACUGAACUUAAUGAACUUUAUACGAAUUAUGUUUUAAAAUUUCGUAUAUUAUCAUAUUUGGAAAAAGAACUUGAAGGACAUUUUCGAAAUCAACGUGAAAAAGUUCAAGAAGUAUCUCGUCAAUAUCUGCAAGCAAUGAAUUCACAAUUAACAGAACAAGAUCAACAAAGAUUUAAUAGACAAUUACAAGAUCCAAAUGAUGAAAUUGGUGUUCGUAGUGAUGAAGAAGAAGAUGAAGAAGAAUCAGAUGAUGAUGAUGAUGAUGAUGAUGAAUCAGAAGAUGAUGAAGCUAUGGAUCGACCACCACCAUCUCGACAACCAAUACAAGGAAAAAAACUCGAAAAUGGUACACGAGGUAAAGCUCAUGGAGGCAUGACAGAUGAUCUUAGUGAUGAUGAACAAGUGGAAAUGGGCAGAGGCAAUGGUGGUAUGGAUGAUGAAGAUGAAGACGUAGAUGCCGGUCCUAGACAAAAAGGUGGAGGAAAUAUUGUUCGUCGACCGCCAAGUGCAAAUGGACAACGACGACAACGACAACCACCACCACCACAACAACGUCAACAACGAGGAACUUAUAACGAUGAUGAAGACUUUUAA